AAACCACCACAUGGUGUCAGAGUGACCAAGAUUUGUUAAGGAAAGUAAUUUACUUUGGCCUGUGUUUGUCAGCAGGUGUAGUGUGCUAGCAUAGUAGUAUCUAUGCUAGCUGUAGACACUGCUAACACAUCAGUGACUAUGGCUUUUAAGUUUGGUUUAGGUUUGCUGUUGUCUGUGUGGCUGUGUACAAAUUGUCAUCCCAUUCACAUGGACUGUCAUGAGCGUUUCCUCAGGAUAUCUGUUGAUCCUGCUGUUGCUGGGAAUGACCCUCUCUUUGAAGCUGUUGAUGGAGCAAGUGUGUAUCCUAUUACAACACAGUAUGCUGCAGUGUGUGGCUACACAAUAAAUGUAUGCCCUUUAAGUGGCUUUGUGUUCCUCAAAGCUUCCUACUUCAGCUGUCACACUGAAAACCAAGUUGAUGAAGUGUUCACAUUCUACUUCAACCUUAAAGUAAACCCUGAUGGAAAGGAAGUAACCUAUUCUUUGAACAAGACAUGUUCUCCGAGUGUUCCCUGGUCGGCCAGAGAGGUGACCUGUAUGAUGAACUACAUGGAGGUGUCAGUCAGCAGUGACUUGGUGUGUCCAACUGGGACAAGAAAAGAUGACUGGAAUGCUGUUAUUCAAACUGCUUACACCUCUGCCACCUCCGACUGGCAGGUGAUGUUCCACAGGGGUAAGGAGCACCUGCAGCCCACAAGGCUUUCUGAAGCCCAUACGCAGGGCUACAUGUUUGACUUGACUGAAAGGAGGCUUGUAUUUCGUACACCAUACGGGCAACCAGACUCGUAUAGCACCCAGAUGAGUGGUGUUCCAGUAGAGGUGGUCCAUACCACUCUGUUCUCCAGACAAAGCUGGGUGGUCAUCAUGGUUGACCUCGUGGCUGCUUGCUCCAUGGAUGAAGGAUCCUUUAACAACGGCUAUAUAACGUGGGAGACUCCUGAGGUGCUGCACCCCCUGGUGUCUGGUAACUACAACACCCAGGUCAGUGUCGGUGUCAAUGGUGAACUUGUGGAGCAGUUAGUUGCGGAGGAGCGAGGUUACGUGGUGGAGAAGCACAAUGCUACAGUCAUGAUUAGCAUCCCUUAUAAAGCUGAUGGAGGACAAAGGAAGAGUUCUGUCAUGGGUGACUUGUAUGAAUAUUAUAUCUUCCCCCUCUAUGUGGAGCAAAUCUCAGAGGACGAGGAUCACAUGUAUACACGACUAAGAUUUGACAACAUGCUGGUCACUCCUCUGCUGCCACGCCCUGUGUUUACAGAAAACAGAACAGUGCUUGAAGACCGUGUGUUCACCGUCUAUCUUGGAGAUGUUCCUGAAGAUGUAAAACUGACUGCUGUUCAGCUGAAUGGAUGCAUAUAUACAGUUCCCUUCAUAAAUUCAAGUGGUCACACAAUCACUGAGGUUGUUCAUGACAACCACACACACGACUACACUGUGCAGGUGCCGUUUGAUCAUCAUGUGGUCACAGAGCAGUUCUCUAGAGAAGAUGAAGCCAUGAAGGUCAUGAUUGACAUCAACUUCACACUGACAGUUCUGCCAGAAAAUGAACAUUUUUACCAGCACACAUCAGUCUACACACUUAAAAAACCUUCUCCUCCUGAGUUUGAGGCCAAUUGUUCAGAGACUGGAAUCAUCUUCAAGAUGGACCAUCGACCUUUUGACUACCUGUGGUUCAUCAGUAUUGGCUCAGAGCGUCUGACACCAGAACUGGCCGCUGAGCACAAGUACAACAUGAGGAACGACAGCCAGAGUCUGGUGCUGGAGGUUCCACUAUUCACUGAUGGAUAUCAAUAUAAGGAUUUUUCCUUAAAAGGAUUCCUUGGCACUUUUGAAAUCCUUGUCAGAGACCAUGAAAUGUCAAAUGUCCAAGGCUCAACUGUGAAGACUUGUCCAUUUACUGCUCCAGAAAUUAUUGCCUGUUCCACUGAUGGCAUGAUGGCUGCAAUUGUUGACUUGUCUCAGUCUGUGGCUAAUGGAGGGAUUCCUGCAAGAACCAACCUUGUGGACAAAUACUGUGGACCCAAAGAAGCAGAUGACACCAGGAUGCUUUUCUCCUUUUCACUCAACAGCUGUGGGUCCAUUGCCAAGCUUGGAAAGGACUAUGUGACCUAUGAAAAUGAGAUUUUCAUCAAUGAGCUUCAUGCUCCAAGAAAUCUAUUUGGCUCCACCUAUACUGGGAUUAAACUACAGUGCACAUACCCAUUAGCUGGACUCCAUCGUCUCUUCUCCAAGUACAAGUUUGAGUCUGACACAGAGGGCGUUGGUCGCAUUGUACGUGAUGGUGCACACUCAACAGAAGUGGUCCAAAAACCCAUGGAGAUCACUGCAGUGCUGCAGACUCCUGUGCCUGCUACCAGCAGACAUACAAAACCUGUACUGAAACCUGCUCACCGCCCACCUAUCGGCUAUCUGAUGGUGCCAAGCCUCCUAAAAAAUCUCUCAAAGAAAGGAACUGUGGGAGCUUCACAAGUCAAAGAGAAUCCUCACAGAUUUGGAAAAAUGUAAAAUGUCUGUAAUGUUUUGAUUAAACUGAUUUGCAAAAACCCAUCCUUUUUGUUCUUUUUAACUUCAGUUACACUAAUGUAUAUCAUU